CACCGUCCGCGUACAGUUGUUGCUAGGUAGCUUCCUUUGGACACUUCCAUCUCUCAAUGGCACUGCUCGAAAUCCUUGUUUUAGGAGCUGGCUGGACAGGCGAGUUCCUGAUCCCGCUUUUACAGGCACGGAAACUUGCAUUCGAAGCAACCACAAGGGAUGGCCACACUAUCGCUGGCGCUGAUACGAUUGCCUGGGCAUUCAACCCGGAUGACAAGGAGCAGAAAGACAUCUCAAAGCUUCCGUUAGCGAAGAACGUUGUCAUCGUCUUUCCACUCAAAGGCGUCGGACAGAGCAAGCUCCUGAUUGAGUCCUACUCUAAAGUCCAUGGCGUGUCUCCCAGCGACGUCCACUUCAUUCAGCUAGGUAGCACCGGCAUCUGGGAUCUACCUCGCGACAAGCUCUCAGAUCCAGCAUGGCCGUGGGUCACACGUCAUUCACCGUUCAACACAUCCAACGAUCGCGCCAUCGCUGAAGAUGAGUUGCUCACCUACGGCGGGUGCGUGCUCAAUCUUUCCGGGCUGUGGGGCGGAAAGCGAGACCCGAAGAACUGGGUUAGCCGGGGUACGGUCGGUGGGACGAAAGAGGCCGUGGAAUCGAAGAAGAGCCUGCACUUGAUUCAUGGGGAGGACGUCGCGAGAGCGAUCGUCGCUGUGACAAGCAACUGGGGGGCGGCGACGCGAGAUGGAAAAGGUCGAUGGAUGCUUACGGAUGGCUUCGUGUACGAUUGGUGGUCCCUUUUUGCAGGAUGGGCGGAUUUGACAGGUGAAACAAGCUCUGGCGACAAUGUCGAUCGGUCACCUAGCCAGCAGGCGCAGUGGGUUUAUGAGCUCAUGCAGGAGCAAGGAGUGAGGGCAUUGCCAAGGUCUAUGGAGACGCUGGGAAGAUGCUAUGACACGCGGGAGUUCUGGAGCACUUUCCAGCUAGCACCUCUUAAGGCACGAGCUUAAUCGUUCAUCUUAUGUACUUCUUAUAGCUUACCGUAUGCUUCGUCAAGAAUAUUGAACGACUAUGUCUGAUAUCAUGAUUCUACUUAUUUCUUUACUCGACAUCCUAUCGUACCUAUCUCGUACAACUGGGUAUCAUACAAAAUUAUCACAGC